AUGACUCUGAAAAUGUUAGUUCAAAAUAGAACCAAUUUCCACCCAACUACUUUUCUCCUCCUUGGAAUCCCAGGGAUGGAGGUUGCUCAUGUCUGGAUCUCCAUCCCCUUUUUCCUGGUCUAUCUGCUGGCUCUGAUGGGGAACUGUGUUCUUGUGCUCAUCAUCAAGACGGACCGUAGUCUUCAUGAACCUGUGUAUUUCUUCCUCUGCAUGCUUUCUGUGAAUGGCCUGAUGCUGUGUACUAAUGCCCUUCCCACGAUCCUCAGCCUCCCCUGGUUCAAUGACAGAGAAAUCAACUUUAAAGCUUGCCUCACCCAGAUAUUUUUUAUCCACUCUCUGUCCACCAUGGAGUCAGGAUUCUUGUUAGCCAUGGCCUUUGACUGAUAUGUGGCCAUCUGCAACCCUUUGAAGCACUCCACCAUCCUGACACAUGGAGUGAUCACAGCUUUGAGUUUGGCCAUUGUGCUACGUGGAGUUAUCCUGGUGACUCAUUCUUUCUUACUGAUGAGGCUACCCUACUGCAAAACCAAUGUCAUUGCCCACACCUAUUGCGAAUUUAUGGCCCUUAUCAAACUGGCCGGUGCCAAUACCAGGACCCAUAGAUUCUAUGGCUUAAUUCUUGCCUUCCUUACUGGUGGGCUGGACUUCAUAUUGAUAAUCUGCUCUUAUAUUCUCAUUCUUCAUGCUGUGUUUCAUCUCCCAUCAAAGGAGGCCAGACUCAAGACCUUGAGCACAUGUGGCUCUCAGGUUUGGGUCAUCUUAGUGUUUUACACACCUGCCUUUUUCUCCUUUAUCACCCACAGAUUUGGGCAUAACAUAGCUCCACAUAUCCACAUCUUUAUAGCCAACAUUUACCUUCUUAUCCCUCCUAUGAUGAACCCUAUCAUCUACGGUGUCAAAACCAAAAAUAUCCGGGAAAAGUUUCUUAAAGUCUUAUCAAAUACAUAUGUUUGCAUUUGUAAGGUUUUUAAAAAUUGA